GAGGCAACGAGUGCUGAAACGAAACCCUGGUCGUGAAAGGUAAGAGGCAAUCGAAUCGAGAAUGGCGCAAGCGACACCAAUCGAGCAAGUUCAGUGCUUCGGCCGGAAGAAGACGGCGGUGGCAGUUACAUACUGCAAGCGAGGUCGCGGCCUCAUCAAGAUCAACGGUUGCCCCAUCGAGCUUGUGGAGCCGGAGAUCCUUCGUUUCAAGGCCUUUGAGCCAAUUCUCCUCCUCGGCCGCCACCGCUUCGCCGGCGUCGACAUGCGCAUCCGUGUCAAAGGCGGCGGUCACACAUCUCAGAUCUACGCCAUCCGUCAGAGCAUCGCCAAAGCCCUUGUCGCUUUCUAUCAGAAGUACGUCGACGAGCAGAGCAAGAAGGAGAUCAAGGAUAUUCUCGUCAGGUACGACCGCACACUCCUCGUUGCCGAUCCUCGGCGCUGCGAGCCCAAGAAGUUCGGUGGUCGCGGUGCUCGCGCUAGGUUCCAGAAAUCAUACCGUUGAUUUCGUAUUUUAUAUCAUGUCGAAAUCUUUUUUAUGUGCUCUAUGUUUUCUUCGUUUUGAGUUGUUUAGCCGGAUUUUGAAUACAAUUACUUUAUGGUUUAGUUAAAUUUAAUUUCUGUUAAUUUAAAUGUUGUUGUUCGGAUGCUGUUUUAUUUUGUUGUUUUGGAUUUGAAUCAGUUUUUGCGUUUUACAUUAGGGUUUUAUUUCUACUAUUAUGUUCAAUUGGAUUAUUUUAAGGUGGAUGCUAGAUAGUUUCUGUUGACGUUAGUACACUGGUUGACUUGGAUUACGAUUAGGGUUUUUAGCCAUUUCGUUCUGUGUGUUUUUGGGUAUUCAAAUGUGCGAAGUUCCUAACCAGUGCCAGAAAAGCGGAUUUUUACUUGUGGACGUACCUUUUUGCCAAUCUUGUACUGUGAAAUCUGAUACCCUGUGAAAGUUCACUAAGACCAAAACAGUGUAUCUUGAUAGAACAAGAACCCAAGGUUGAACCCUGGCAUUGAAUAUAGAACAUUCCCAUUCGAAUUCAUCUUUACAUAGCCAAGUUCUUUGUUCUGCCAACAGUAUAUGGUACCUUUUACCUUUCUCUUCUGCGUUGCUAUCUUAUUUACGGCCAAAAUGAACGUGCCACUCGC